CAUAAACCGCCACAGUGUCUUUCCUUCUCAGCUAUCGGGUAUACUUGUCUUUCCUUUGACUCCAUUUUUGAAGCGUAGGUGCUCUCCUUUAUAAAAUCAACAAUAAUCAUCUUUCUCUCUCUAUACCUCUGCUCACUAAGGCUGAAAAUGCUUUAAACUACAAGGACUUCUUCGAUCAAUGGCUCUUUAAUGGAACCGCAGCUCCGUCGAUUCUGAAAUACAAGGGAGUGUUGAGUGAUUGAUUAUGCUCUAAGACUCUGAAUUUGGUGGUGCUACGAUGGAGUUGUUUUCUCGUGUUCAUUUCAAUAUUUUGAGAGCAUGCGUUGGUAGCUGGUUUUGGAUUGCAAUUUUCUUGUUGUUACAUAGCGGUAAAGGGGGGAAUUCCAAAUAUUUGAUUGGUCUUGGAAGCUAUGACAUUACGGGACCAGCUGCCGAUGUCAAUAUGAUGGGUUAUGCUAACACAGGCCAGAUUGCAGCUGGUGUUCACCUAAGGCUUCGAGCUCGCACAUUUAUUGUUGCAGAGCCUCAAGGGAAACGGGUGGUGUUUGUUAAUCUUGAUGCUUGUAUGGCCUCACAGCUUGUGACAAUAAAAGUGCUUGAGAGGCUGAAAGCAAGAUAUGGUGAUUUAUACAACGAAAAAAAUGUAGCUAUCAGUGGAAUACACACCCAUGCUGGGCCUGGGGGCUAUCUCCAAUACGUUGUAUAUAUUGUAACUUCCCUUGGAUUUGUGCGUCAAUCAUUUGAUGUCCUUGUCAAUGGUAUUGAGAAAAGCAUUAUAGAGGCUCAUGACAAUCUCAGUCCAGGAUCAAUUUUUGUAAACAAGGGAGAGAUCCUAGAUGCUGGUGUAAAUCGCAGUCCUAGUGCCUAUCUUAAUAAUCCUGCAGCAGAACGCAGUAAAUACAAGUAUGAUGUUGACAAAGAGAUGACCCUUUUAAAGUUUGUUGAUGAUCAGUGGGGUCCAGUGGGUAGCUUCAAUUGGUUUGCCACUCAUGGGACUUCUAUGAGUCGUACAAAUCCAUUAAUCAGUGGGGAUAACAAGGGUGCUGCUGCACGAUUUAUGGAAGAUUGGUUUGAGCAACGUGGAGUUUCUGAUGAAUUUGCUUCCGAAGGAAUUCCUCGAAGAGUCUCUAACAUAGUUUCAGGACAUUCUGAACACCAUGAGUUACUGGAGCUUGCUGCAUCCUUCCAGUCUCCUUCUGGUAAACCAGCUACCAGGACUUUAAGUGUUGCAAGACGAGUCAGGGGUGUUCUCAGGCAGGCUAACAAGCCUGCAUUUGUAUCUGCCUUUUGCCAAUCCAACUGUGGUGAUGUUAGUCCAAAUGUUCAUGGGGCCUUCUGUAUAGACAGUGGCUUACCUUGUGACUUCAAUCAUAGUACCUGUGGUGGGAAGAAUGAAUUAUGCUAUGGAAGAGGACCAGGUUACCCAGACGAAUUUGAGAGUACACGUAUUAUUGGUGAGAGGCAGUUCAAAACCGCUGUAGAUCUAUUCAACAAAGCAUCUGAAACACUGAAAAGCAAGAUUGAUUAUCGCCACGCUUACAUAGACUUCUCCCAAUUAGAAGUAAAGAUCCCCAAACAAGGAGGUUAUGAGGUGGUUAAAACAUGCCCAGCUGCAAUGGGGUUCGGCUUUGCUGCCGGAACAACUGAUGGACCUGGUGCUUUCGACUUUAAGCAAGGUGACGAUCAGGGAAAUCCAUUUUGGAAGUUGGUGCGGAAUUUACUAAAAACACCAGGCAAAGAACAAGUUGAUUGUCAACAUCCAAAGCCAAUCUUGCUUGAUACUGGUGAAAUGAAAGAACCAUAUGACUGGGCGCCUUCUAUACUUCCAAUCCAGAUCCUGCGCAUAGGGCAGCUAGCCAUUCUCAGUGUACCUGGAGAAUUUACAACCAUGGCUGGUAGGCGCCUUCGUGAUGCUGUGAAGACUGUUCUCAGUGCUGGUAAUAAUGGGGAGAUUCAUGUUGUUAUAGCAGGAUUGACAAAUACAUAUUCUCAGUAUGUCACUACUUUUGAAGAGUACGAGGUGCAGAGAUACGAGGGUGCCUCCACUCUGUAUGGACCACACACGUUAAGCGCCUACAUUCAGGAAUUCAAGAAGCUGGCAAGUGCACUCGUCGCCAAUAAAGAAGUGGAACCAGGGCCACAGCCUCCAGAUCUUCUCAAUAAGCAAAUUAGCUUACUGACACCAGUUGUGAUGGACGCCACGCCUCCUGGAGUUAAUUUUGGGGAUGUCAGUACUGAUGUUCCUCAGAAUGCUACCUUCAAGAGAGGUGACCUGGUGAAAGUGGUCUUCUGGUCAGCUUGCCCUCGGAAUGACCUUAUGACGGAAGGCACAUUUGCACUUGUAGAGUUUCUUCGAGGAAAGGAUACUUGGGUCCCUGCUUAUGAUGAUGAUGAUUUCUGCCUGAGGUUCAAGUGGUCCAGACCAUCCAAGCUUAGUACCCGAAGUCAUGCAACAAUGGAAUGGAGAAUUCCCAAGUCUGCAACUCCUGGUGUGUACAGAAUUAAACACUUUGGUGCUUCAAAAAGCCUUUUCGGAUCAAUUCGCCAUUUCAAGGGUGCAUCUAGCGCCUUUGUAGUAGCAUAAGAAAUGUAUUCGUGUAUGUAUGAAAGAUUUCAGCUAAUAUUUGAUGCUCAACAUAUGAAGUAGCGGUUGUCACUGGUGGUGGAUUGCGCAUAUCUAUAUGACUAGUCUAAUUCUUUAUCAUGGCUAGCCCAGAAUGAAGACCAUCAACCUAACCCUUUCAUGAAAAAAAAAACCUCACUCUUUCACGAAAUGGACUCUGUCCUGUAAUGCUUUUCUUUUUCUUUUUCAUUUUUUUUUUUUUGGAGAUUACUGUAAUGCUUUUUAUGUAUAUGAAUCAGUUCAUUCUCAGUUUAUGUAGCUUUUUGUUCAUAUAAA